AUGGCUUCUUUCCAGUUGAUAUCCGACAUCCAUCUGGAAGCGCCGCGAGCAUACGAUCUAUUCGACAUCCCUGCGCAAGCGCCCUACCUUGCUCUGUUGGGGGACAUCGGCAAUGUCAUCGACGACGGUUUUUUCACCUUCAUUGAGGCUCAGCUCCAGAAGUUCCAGGUAGUCUUUGUGUUAUUGGGGAACCACGAGCCAUAUCGCUCGGAUUGGGCGACGGCGAGAGCCAGAGUGAGGAAGUUCUCCGACUCCAUCCGCCAGAAAUCUCAGCAAGCGCAAACAAAAUGUCCGGCAAAAUUGGGAGAGUUCGUCUUUUUAGACCAAACACGUUACGAUCUGUCUUCAGAAGUCACAGUCCUCGGAUGCACACUCCACUCCAAGAUCGUUGAGACCCAGCAAGAGCGCGUGUCGUGGAUGCUGAACGACUUUUACUCGAUCAAGCACUGGACUGUAGAGGACCAUUGUGCAGCACACGAAGCCGACCUCACCUGGCUGAACAACCAAGUCACCAAGAUUGCUCGGUCGGAUCCGCAUCGCAAGAUCGUCAUCCUCACCCAUCAUAGUCCCACUAUGGACGCUCGUGCGGCUGAUCCAGUGCAUGUGAACAGUCCGAUUACAUCGGCCUUCGCGACAGAUCUUAGAGGUGAACCGUGCUGGGAGAAACCCCAGGUGCGGUUAUGGGCGUUUGGACACACCCAUUAUAACUGUGACUUUGUCGAAGAUCGGACGGGAAAACGGAUUGUGGCGAAUCAACGGGGUUAUUAUUUUGCUCAGUCAAAAGGGUAUGAUGCGGAGUUGGUGGUUCGCAUCUGA